AGCUUCCGCUUACGUCGCAGCGACUUUAACUGCAGCAGUGGAUUAGGCAUUACAGAGCCUAUUGUUCCAGCCUUUUUCCACUUGUGCCUAGGAUAUGUGUGGACUAAAGUUCACCACAUCGUUGAAAUGAUCAUAUUUUCAUAAUGGAGCCCAGAUUUGGAUCUAAAAAUGAAAAGCCGUGGUCGAAGGAGAGGCCUUCACUCCGCCAGACGCAACACAAGUUCAGCAGGAUGAUGAGCGAUGACAACCAAGACACGUUUAAGAGUGUCAGCAGGAAGCCCGGCCUGCAGAUAUGGACCAUCAAUAACAUGCAGAUGGUGCCUGUUCCAGCUCAAGGCUUCGGUAACUUCUUUGAGGGCGACUGUUACAUUGUUCUCUAUAUAACUCAGAGUAAGGGCUCGGGUCAGUCCGCCGACAUCCACUACUGGAUCGGGAAGUCCUCCUCUCAGGACGAGCAGGGUGCAGCGGCCAUCUACGUCACCCAGCUGGACGAGCACCUGGGGGGGGGUCCGGUGCAGCACAGGGAGGUGCAGGGCAAUGAGUCACCGCGCUUCAGGAGCUACUUCAAAAACGGCAUCAUCCAUAAGAAGGGCGGGGUGGCCUCUGGUUUUCACCACGUUGACACGAACGUCUACAACGUCCUGCGGCUGCUGCACGUCAAAGGGAGGAAGCAUGUCACCGCCACAGAGGUGGAGGUGUCGUGGAGCAGCUUCAACAAUGGAGAUAUAUUCCUGCUGGAUAUGGGGAAAGCCAUAGUGCAGUGGAACGGCCCGCAGAGCAACAGGAGGGAGAAGCUCAAGGCGGUGUUGUUGGCUCAGGACAUCCGGGACAGGGAGCGGGGGGGCCGGGCUCAGAUCGGCGUGGUGGAGGGCGGAGACGAGAAGGACUCCCCAGAGCUCAUGAAGGUCAUCAUGGCGGUGCUGGGCCAGAGAACCGGGCCACUGAAGGAGGCCCUUCCUGACGACAAACCUGACCAGGUGCAGAACACCAGCGUCAGACUCUACCACGUGUUUGAAAACAGCGGGAAUCUGGUGGUUCAAGAAGUGGCGACGCAGCCUCUGACGCAAGACCUGCUGCACUCCUCUGACUGUUACAUCCUGGACCAGAGGGGCUCCAGUGUGAUGGUGUGGAAAGGCAAACAGGCCUCAAAUGAGGAGAGGAAAGAAGCGCUGAACCAGGCGGUGGGUUACAUCAAGGCCAAGAAUUACCCGUCCAGCACCAGCGUGAAGGUGAUGACGGAGGGAGGAGAGUCGGCGAUGUUUAAGCACCUGUUCAAAUCCUGGAGAGACAAAGGGCAGACUCAGGGUCUGGGAUCCACCUACAGCAUGGGGAAGAUAGCAAAGGUAGACCAGGUGAAGUUCGAUGUGAUGGAGCUCCACGCCCGUCCUGAGCUGGCGGCACAGCAGCGCAUGGUGGACGACGGCUCUGGAGAUGUUAAGGUGUGGCGUAUCGAGAACCUGGAGCUGGCUGAAGUAAACCCCAGUACCUACGGGCAGUUUUAUGGAGGAGACUGCUACCUGGUGCUGUACACAUAUCAGAUAUCCAACCAGCAGCACUACAUACUCUACAUGUGGCAGGGCCGUCACGCCACUAAGGACGAAAUCACAGCCAGCGCCUACCAGGCUGUGAACGUUGAUAACAAGUACAAUGGAGCGCCGGUGCAGGUCAGGGUGGUCAUGGGAAAGGAGCCUCGCCACUUCCUCGCUAUUUUCAAAGGCAAACUCGUGAUCUUUGAGGGUGGUACAGGUCGACCCGGUGUGGUUAACCCUGAAGGCAGUGCCAGGCUCUUCCAGGUGAGAGGGACCAACGAGCUGAACACAAAGGCCACCGAGGUGCCGGCGAGGGCCUCGUCCCUCAACACCAACGACGUCUUCCUGCUGAAGACCGACCACACGUGCUUCCUGUGGUAUGGGAAGGGCUGCAGUGGGGAUGAGAGGGUGAUGGGGAGAACCAUGUCUGAUGUGCUGUCCAAACAGGAUAAGCAGGUGGUGAUGGAGGGCCAGGAGCCAGCUGAAUUCUGGGUAAAUCUGGGGGGAAAGGCUCCCUAUGCCAGCGACAAGAGGCUGCAGAAGGAGGAGCCCCCUCACAGUCCCCGGCUGUUCGAAUGCUCCAACCAAAUCGGGAAGUUCCGGAUGACGGAGGUGGAGGACUUCGCCCAGAGCGACCUGGAUGAGGAGGACGUGAUGCUGCUGGACACCUGGGAGGAGAUUUUCCUCUGGGUCGGGAACUUGGCCAACCAGUACGAGACGAAGGAAGCGUGGAACAGUGCGCAGGAUUACCUGAGGACCCACCCUGCAGGCCGAGACCCCGACACACCCGUCCUCUUCGUCAAACAGGGAUACGAACCACCCACGUUCACCGGCUGGUUCACCGCCUGGGAUCCUCACAAGUGGAGCGGAGGCAACUCCUAUGAGGAGAUGAGAAAAAAGCUGAGUGAUCCAGCAUCUCUCUCACAGAUCACUGUUGAUCUGAACAACACCAAUCUCAAUAAGAGACCUGUUGGGGGUGGAUACGGGGCUCCAGGAGGCCCCGCCAGCUUAGAUCUGUCCCCGAGACCCUCCACCCCUAACAGCCCUUCCACCCAGAGAGUCACAACGUCCAUGACACUCUCCCCAUCCUCCCCCUCUGCUGGAGGCUCUUCUAUGUAUCUGGACCCAGAGCUCCUCGUCAACAAGACCCCAGACGAGCUGCCAGCUGCCGUGGACCCCAGCCUUAGAGAGGACUACCUGUCUGAUGUGGACUUUGAGAACCUGCUGGGAACAACUCGCCCUGACUUCAAGCGCCUGCCCAAGUGGAGGCAGAGCGACCUGAAGAAGAAAGCAGGACUUUUCUGAUAAAAACUGUAUAGUUUUAGCAGAUAAAUGUCUUUUUAAAAGUAAGUAAAGCAGCUGUUUGCAGAGGGGCCUUAAUCAUAUCACCUGAAUGUUGUUUAUUAAUAAUAAGUUAAACGAUUUUAAAUGCUAAUUAACAUGAUUGUGAUUUUAAAAAGUGCUUUAAAUUAAGACUAUUUUUAAUUGUGAUGCUUUGUAUUUAUCUGUAUUUUAUAAGCUGAUCUUACCAUGAUUGGGUUUCUCUCAGGAUGUUAUCCCCAUUGGCUGAAUCACAUAUUAUGAAUAAAAACACAGAAACCUUAAUGAGAAA